AUGAAGAGCAUCAUUGACGAGAUCUGGCGAACAGGAGAGUGGCCGGAACUAUGGGUGAUGUCGGAACUUGUUCCCUUGCCUAAAGUCCCUAGAACCCAAGAUUGCACUAAAUACCGAACAGUGAGCCUAAUAAGCCAUGCCUCAAAGAUACUGCUCGAAAUUCUGCGACAAAGGCUGGCACAUUAUUUGGUUCCACAAAUCGCAGAAGAGCAAUUUGGCUUCACUGCAGGAAAAGGGACAACAGAGGCAAUCCUAGUAGCAAAGAAGCAAGAGGCUGAUCAAGUCUGGUUCCUAUUUGUGGACUACUCCAAGGCUUUCGAUCCAGUGUACCACUAUGCACUGUGGAAGACCCUCUUAGAGUCCCAAGUCACUUGA